UAUUGGAGUGAGGGUUAUAAUAAAAUUUCAUUAAGGUGACUCGACAUUAUGAACUGGACUGGCCAGUUUUUGCCUUUCUAUAUUUAGGUUCUGCAUAUAACACCAUCACAGGCAUGCAUGGUGGAUCUCUACGACAUUUUCUUGCACAGGGGCGGCAAAAGAUCGAGCAAUCUUGAAAAAUGAUUGCUUAACUGUGCUACAUAACGUGGAAUCAGGGCGGGAACAGAGAGAGUGGUGGUAAAAUUUGUUGCCGAAUGAGCGCACAAUUGUCAUAAAACUGCAGUUUUGUAUGAAGACUUUGAUGCAUAAUAUCUGAAAUGUUGCAUCGGGAAGCCAAAGCAAUGGAAUUUUGUGCAAUGCAUAGUUUUCAUGGUGAAAAUUCAGAAUAAGGAUGAAUAUAGUAUCCGCCAAUUUUGCGCAAGUAAUAAAUCAUGAAGACAUAAGAGGGCUUGCAGGUGUGGCAGGUCAUCCAACAUGUGACACAAUGCCUGAGCCAAUUAUGACAGAAGAGCAAAUGGUAAUGCUAGCAAAACAGAUAUCUGCUUAUGGAUCGAUCUGUAAACAACUUAUCGAAAUGCACAGUACCAUUGUAGUGCAGCAAAAUGUCUUGCAUGGAUUCACUCCGGGGCAAGCACUUACCUUCAACUCAGUGAUGGGCUUUGUGGGCCAUAAGAUGACCACUCGGCAACGUUGGACACCAAGCCAGGCACAACUUCAGAUUCUUGAGAAAAUAUUUGAAAAGGGUAAAGGAACCCCAUGUAAGCAAAGGAUAAAAGAGAUAACAGCUCAGCUUAGUCAACAUGGUCAUAUUUCUGAGACAAAUGUUUAUAACUGGUUUCAAAAUCGCAGAGCCCGCACUAAAAGGAAACACCAGACAGGGUUGACUGGUAGUGGGGAAUAUGAAAUGGAUAAUCUCGUUGACUCUUCAAAUGAAAAGAAAGCUAAAUUUGAUGAAAGUAGUGGUCAGGAAACUUCACUCACCAGACAGAGCAGUGCUAGUUUUCAGAAUCAUGGAGCAUCUGAAUACAACAAUUUUGAUUCUCAACGACAUAAAUCAUCAACUUCUUUCGGUUCGCAAGUUGCCUCAAAGGCUACAGUUGGUUUUAACAGAAGUGCUUCUUUCGAACAUGGGCUCUCAGUCACAAUUGCUGGAAUCACGCAUGGCUAAUGAACAACUAACUGACAAAUGUAAAAGAUGCGGAUGGUGAUAACAGAUUCGAACAUAUCCUAUAUGGUGACAUUUAUCUUUCCUUUUCCUUCCAAAAAUAAAAAAAUAUUCUGUAGAAUGUGAAAUAAGCAACGUGGAUUCUUCAACCAAAUGGUUAUCUUAGUCGUCCUUAGUGAGGAAAGGCUCACUGUGGUAGACUAGUUUUCACACUAAUUAUGAGUGAUUUAUCUCUUGAAUGUCAAUAGCAGACAUGAAAAAUUGGAGGUAGAGUCUCCCACCUUUCUACUUAUCGAGUUUAUAAGGUAAUGAGUGGUAUAUAGAUUGUCUAUACCUCAAAUUAUAUUUAUUUAUUCAUGACAUAUGUAUGGAAGAAAUAAAUAAUAAUAGUCUAUAAUAUUAACAUUAGUCAAAGAUAAAUCAUCAUUUUGGAUUAGACUAUAAUUUAUUAUCAGAAUAAGGAGAAGGAAUACAAUGCAGAUGGCAGAUCAAGAUCUUUGAAAAAUUAAUAUAUAAGAUUCUUUAUGGACAUAUUUAGAGCUUUAC